AUGCCUGGCAUAAGAAAAUAUCGACGUGACACUAGCGAAGUCAGCUGUUGUUUAAAAUAUGUGAUUUUUGGAGUUAAUGUGUUAUUUUGGUUUGUCGGCCUCAUAGUAUUAGCUGUUGGUAUAUGGGCAUGGAUGGAAAAAGACACAUUCAAUAACCUCUCAAGGUUAACAAAUAUUGCAUUGGAUCCUGCAUUUAUAUUAAUAUGUGUUGGCACUAUAACCUUUAUAAUUGGUUUCACUGGAUGUGUUGGUGCCUUACGUGAGAAUACAUGUCUUUUAGCUUGUUAUGCGGUGUUUCUAGCAUUAUUAUUACUAGCGGAAAUGACAACAGGAAUACUAUUUUUUGUCUUCAAAGAUUGGAUAAAACAACAAGCUACAAGUGGAUUUCAGUCAUUCAUAACUCAUUAUAGAGAGGAUCCUGAUCAGCAGAAUUUAAUUGACUGGAUACAAGGAGAAUGGCUGCAAUGUUGCGGUGUGGAAGGCCCUCGCGAUUGGGAUCGCAAUGCUUAUUUCAACUGUUCAAGUGGUGCUGUUGGCUCCCGUGAGGCAUGUGGGGUUCCAUUCAGUUGCUGCCGCAGCAAACCUCAGGACAUCAUAAUUAAGAAUAAACAGUGUGGUUAUGACGUCAGAAAGCCUACUUAUAGUUUUGACAUUGCUAAAAUAAUAUAUGACAAAGGCUGCCUAGAGGCUGCCGAGGAGUGGUUUGAUCGCAACCUGUUGAUUGUAGCCACUUCCGCUGUUUGUACUGCUUUUGCACAAAUUCUCGGCAUAUGCUUCGCUCAGAACCUGCGCGCGGACAUAUUCGCGCAGAAGUCGAAGUGGCAC